AAUCAAGGUAAGUAGCUUCAACCUAAGAUUAAAAUACUUGUAUUUGACUGUUUUAGGUAGUAGUGCUGGUUCAACUGCCCGAGCUGUGUCGUGCGAAGCAUUCGAUGGCUAUAAACGAUCUUCAAAACCGACCGGUGGCUAUGGGUUCCAAAUUGAAAAAUCUGAAUUAUUUUUACUUGGUGGUACUACUGGUGCAAAUAUGACAUCGAUACUAUUCAAGUAUGCAGCGCGCGGUAUAUGUGAUGGCUGCGAAAAUCGUUUUUUGUAUGCUGUUGUGAAAAAUGGUAUUGUUGAUUAUGACGAAAGACAAGAACGUCUUUCUGGAGCGACAAAGAACCUGUUAGGAAGUAUAACCUAA